CCCUAUAUCGUCUGGAUAAUCCCCGAGGGAGUCGAUUCCAUCAAUCUCCAACGAUAUAGGGUUGCUCUAGGAUGAAUAGAGCCUACCACAUUCAUCGAUUCGUCGUUCCGAGUCAUUCCCGAGGGAGUCUAUCUCCUAACGGUAGAGUAAUUACCCAACUGAGACUUCUCGUGGAGCAGAGCCAUGCUACACUCCAUGGGCAUAUCCGAACAAACAAUUGAGACUUAUCGUGGAGCAUAUAGUUCUAGACAAUGAGAGAUAUUUGCCCAAGAUGGACCUUCUAAUCCAAUCCAUUGGUCCUCGUGACCCUUCCUUUCUCCGUGAAAAGGAGGAGACUGUUUCGCACUCUACAAAGCAAAUAGAGUGGGUUGAGCAAGUUUGUGCACAGCUUUCUCAAGAUCACCUUUCUACUACCAUAGAAGAAGAUGAGGAGGAUGAAGGAGGCUACAAGGACAUUAUGGAGCAUACAGAAGUUGUCAUGGAGAGCUUCUGUGAGGUGGAAGAGACUUGCACUGGCCAUGAGUUACAUGUGAUAUCUCCACCAAACUUCGAAGAGUUGCUAGGCAAGGAUGCAUUUGCAGUGUCUCUUUGUCAGACCAAGGCACACCAACAUCCAUCCUUCUUGGUGGAUGUGAUGGUGGUCAAUCGAUGUUUUCCUACAUGGUUUGGGCCUUGGGGCAAUGAGACAAGAGAAGAAAAGCAGAAGAGCUCUCGAGUGUGGAGACUUCAUCUGACUCAAGUACACGAUCCUACCCCACUUUAUGCACCACAUGCUCGUGACUUGAGACUCCAACUCAUCGACGAGAACCUCAACUUCAAAGAGAUUUUGAGGUGGACCGAAACUUAGGACCACCGUUCAGCUCAAGAUGUGAAAGAAGCGCUUGUUGGGAGGCAACCCAACCAGUCGGUUUGCAGUUCUUUCCUUAUUUCUCUUAUGUUUGAGUCAAUUUUGUUCUUUGAUUUUAGAGUCAAUAACUCAACCUUUGUGAGAUUUUGUGUGGUGUUUGUGACUGCUCUCUCUCCUCCUGGAAUGCACCGCCUGCCCCGUCCACCAUCGUUCACACUUGAACUGGUAACUUUGUUCUACCCUCCUUAUCUUUCCUCCAUUGAGGACAAUGUCGUGCUUAAGUGUGGGGGUGUUCGAUUAUGUAUGCGUGUGAAUGUUUGGUUGUAUGUGUGUGCUUGGAGCCUAGUCGAUUGUCCAGAUUUUUUAAUUUAAGGGCUCCAAGUAUGUUUUCCCUGCAAUUUUCUGCUUACAAUGCUUUGAAUUGACAGUCUUUAUAGUAUUAUACAACCUAGGGAGGUAGUGUAGCACUAUGGAGGAUGUUGAUGCAUUAAGAAGUCUCCUUUCUUCUUCAUAUUGUGUUGGUUGAUUGUGUGAAUUAGUUAUCUUAGGACACUUGAAUUAUGUGGUGUCGUUGACUCUCUACCUCUCGUGGACUCUUGUAUUAUGUUUUGAAAAAGGUGCUCUAAACUGUGCUUUCAAAAUAACGUCUCCCAUGUGGAAAUCGUUGAAAGUGUGUAUAAGGGGAGACGGACAACCGUUCCCAACUUCCACCUACUACCUACAGCCCCCUUACACCUCUUUCCCCCGCACGAGGCUUGAGACAUAUGCUCAUGGCAUGGCCGGUAAGAUCCUCUCUUGCCAUGGCCGGCAAGAACAGGGCUCCCUCAAAACCUUUGCUAGGUGGGAGCCCCAUUUUCUGAAAAUGACAGGUUGAAACCCUUGCAAGUAAAAAAAUAAAAAUAAAAAAUAAACAAGAAAAUGAAAGGGGAAAAAAGGGUUCCUACCAUCUUCAAAAAAAAAAGAGCACCUCAAAAGUUGAGUCCAUGACUUUCUAUUUUUUAGAGUCACUUUAUCCACGGAUUAUUUAUCCUAAGAAAACUACUUGGCAUGAUCCCGACUCGGGUCUAGAGUUCUCGCCGAAGAAGCUAGGAGAUGUCUUGUGUAUUGGUUGACCUCUUAAGAUGCUAAAUGACCUAGGAAGUUCUCGAUCGACGAUCGGGGUUGCAUGUUUCUGUAAAAUUUUGGAGAGUUACAUUGGUUUGAGUCAGGUUUGCUUGGGGGAAAGCAAACGGUUAAGUAUGGGGGAAUUUGAUAACACUGAAUUUGCACAUGUUUUUUUCCCUCAUUCUUGAUUGUUUAGCUUGAUUUUUAUCAUACUUUGGCCUAUUUUACGCUAGGUUGUGUUCCUUUUGUCACAUUUCAGAUCCUCUCGCGUAAAGGAAAGCAUAGGUGCAAGUUCCAAGUCAAUAGGAGAUUAAUUGGUGAUUCAGGAGAAGAAACUAGGGCAUGACCUAAAGAAGAAUGUAUUUCUAUCUCAUUUUACAUACAAAUAAUCAUGUAAGCUUGUCGUUAAAAGAAAUAGGAUGAGACUACGACCGUCGGGGAUCAAACGGCGACUGAUUCGAAGGUCGAACAAUGGAGAAACGAAGAACCAAAGACAGUGAUGAGGAAGAAACACGGACAGGAGAACACAGUCGUAUUUUUCCCUCAUGUGCCUGUGUUUUUAGUGCCGAGAAGGAACACGGGCUGAGAAACACGACCGUGUUUCUACCCCCUGCUUGGGUAUAAGUUUGAUUUUGAGGAAGAGCGAGGUUUUGGUUUCCAAACACCCAAGGGACGAACCCUAGAGAGAUAGAGCGACUUGGGUACAUUCUUAGAGCUAUUUUGGAGGAUUUCUUCACCAUUGGAGCUCAGGAAUCAAGCUUAGAUGGUGAU